AUGGGAGCCCGCUGUUGGGCUCCCGGAGGGCAGAAGGUGGGGAAAUCUCUGCAGCAGGAAAACCGGCCCUCGCCAGUCGGGCCCGACGGCCGCUUCCCGGGCCGCUCGCCGCUGCUCAAGGAGACCGGUUCUUCCCGCCGACCGCCGGACCCAUGGGCGGCAGACCUGGGAUGUCACCAGGAAUGGCAGGCAGUGGUGGAGGUCCAGAGCGUCAUCCAGAAGCUGACCGCGGAGAUCGGAGCCAGGGACCUGCGCUUCCAAGCCGACACCGACGCCCGGAACGAAACCAUCCAGAUCCUGUCCCCAGGCCAAUUCCUGGUCCCCGUGCCCCUCCACGGCCUGGCCGGCUACCGGGAUCGCCAGCCUCGGCGUUGGCGCUACUACAGCCUGCGAGGGCCGCGCCUGCCCACCCCUCUGCGGGAUCCGGAUUCCCGGCAGCAGUGGCUGGCCGCGGACCAGUUCUCCAAGAGCCUGUGCCAGUGGCACGACGCCGACGUGAACGUGGAAGGGGACAUCGUGCCCGCCAAGGUCACGGCCUUGCUCCGGGGCCUGCUGGAGGACGCCAUCCCGGCCUGUGACCUUUCCGGCCGGGUCAGCCUCCUGGAGAGCCUGGACCAGACGGUGCGCGUGGCCGUGGAGACGGCGGGCUCCCCGGUGGAGGUGGAGUUGGCGCCGACGGUCGAGGUCCCCGGCUGCUGGCCCCGGAGGGCCCGCUGGCCACGGUGUCGGAAGCGUUGGCCGGCUGCGGACAGGGUGGACUUCGUCAAGUCUUCGGGUUUCGCCCUGAUGGCCCGUUCCCGCUUCCACUGGCAGCUGAAUUUCGGGAGGGCGGAGAGCCUGCUGAUGGAGCGGCUGGAUGAAGACGGGGGCUGCCGGGAGAAAUGUUUCCAGAUCCUGCGACGGUUGAAGGAGGGCCACUGGUGCCCGGACACCAGGCCCGUCGUCACCACGCAUCACCUACAGACGGUGCUGUUUUGGACCUGCGAGAAGUACCCGCGGGCACGACACUGGCGCGUGUUCCGCGAGGCGUUCCUGAGGCUGGCACGGCGGCUUCACAAGUGUCUGAGGCAGCGCUUCCUGAGACACUAUUUCCUGCCGGGACACAACCUGUUCCAGUUCUGCAGCCCCGGCGACUUGGACGCCGUGGCCUGGCGUCUCGGCCUCUUCCUGGAAGAUCCCACGCUAGGCCUGGAAUGAAGUUCCCCCCAUCCCGCCCCGGGAAGGGGGUCCUCCGAUGGGAUCCCUCCCACCGCCUUCCGCCUCGCUGCUUUUCUGGGCAACCGCAGGGCCCAGACCAAGUCGGAUGAGGCUUUGCCAACGUCCCGACCGGGCCGGAAU